AUGCAAUUGUCCAAUUGGCAAUUACCAACUGCUUACUGGUCUUUAGAAAACCAUAGGUACCUAUGCAUAUUACCUAUAUAAGGGUAUCCCCUUAAAAAUAGAGUCGUUGAUAGGUCGUAUGCUAUUAGGUCGAGUAGUUAUCAUAAAAUUGAUUAUUUUACAAGUUAUUUUAAUUAAUAUUGAUUUAAAAUUUACUUUUACUGUGAUUAAAAUAAAAUUGAACUGUUCGUGAAUCUGCACCACUAAAAUACCUCCCUUUUAAUACGCUCAACAACUAUAAGCCAAGUGUUAUCCAGAGGGAGGGGCGAUCGUCCCCCGUUUAAUCUCAAAUAUACGCUUAGCUCGAUUAAUCUUCGAGCUUGUCAUAAAUGCGUGACUAAUAUGCAUUUUCAAAAUCGACCCCCCCAUUAGCUUGUCCUGGAUCCGUCCCUGUUGUAAGCAUAGUGGUGUCGACGAUUAGUCAUAGAACGUAUAGCGCUAACGGCGCGAGGGGAGGGAGGGGGUGAGAGCUUUCUCGAAGGUUCAGGCUGCGUGCGUGAAUGCGGUUCAAUCUUAUCCUGAAUAGAGUAGAGGUGUAGUUAAAAUUUAAUGUGUAGUAUAUGGGUACCACAUAAGACACAUAUUAUGGAGACAUAAUAAUUUAUUGUAGAAUUCAUAACUUUACACAUUUGAUUGAUAAAAAUAUUAUAACAUCUUUAGACGAAACUGAAUUAUUAUCUUUGAUGUUAAAUAAAGAAGAAUUUGUACGGUAUAUUAGUCAACAGUUUAAAGAUAAUGAUUGCCACACAAAACUCAAACCGUUAAUAUGGGCAAUACAUUUAAACAUUUCUAAACACCGAAGAUUACCAUUGUUAGAAAAAAUAUUUCACCAAAAUAUGCAAUAUAUAAAAACAUGUUAUAGUUUUUUACCAGAAAAACAAAUAUUCGGAAAAACGUAUGAAGCAUUAGGAAUACCCACUAUUUGUGGAGAACCCAAAAAGUAUGUACAAUUUGGUAACUAUAUAUUAUAUAAAAGUAAAAAAAUUUGAAUACUUACCUAUCAAUUGACAAUAUUAAAUAUUGUUUAAAAAAUAACAAAUGUAUUAUUAAAAUUUUUAUUUGUUGUACAUUUAGGAGAUUUUUUUUUUAAACCAUCAAAAUAUAAAUCGAAAAAUGAUUUAUUUUUUUUAUGUAUCUGUUUUUUAUGUAUGAAGUUAUUUUUAUGUUCAUUUAAUAUGUUUUGUUUUUAUUUUUUUACAUGUGCCAUCAUUUUUUAUUUGCAAAUCUGCUUUUGUUGAUUAUAAAAUUUAAAAUUAAAGUAUUAAGUUCCAAAUUAAAUUGUAUGAAUGAAAGGUAAUCAAAUUUGGUGGUCCAUAGAGGACAUGGUUAAAAUAAUCACAAAUAUACAUUUGUAAACAAUGUUUUUUAUUAUACCUAUCCUAUUAAUAAACAUAAAAAUAAAAUUACACCAUAGUAAAAUAAGGAUAUAAUAUAUUAUAAGAUUCAUAUACUAAACAAAAUAUUAAAGAAAUUCAAAUUAUUUAUUAAACUGAAAUCAGAAUAGUGAUGUGAAACUAAAUACUCUAUAUAUUUAACUAAUUUUAAAAAAUUAUUUAUUUUUAGAUGUUUUUUAAAUGCAUAUAAAAAAUAUAAGUCAUAUUAUCCUGUACAAUUUUCUGAAAAAUCUUCUACAAUUUAUAAUGAAUACGAGUCAAUUAAAAAAAAAUCAUGUAAGUAUAUUAACUGUAGUAAUUGAUUAUAAUCUAUAUGAAUAACUGUUGUUGGUAUUUAUAAUCAAAGAUAAUGAUUAAUUUAGGUCCAAUUUACAACUUUUGUAAUUCUAGUAGUUUUACAAACAUUAGAAUCGAUCAAGGAAUAUUUUGUAGCACUCCUCUUACUAAACACAAAACGUGUAUUGAGAUUAAUCCAAUAGUAAGUCCAAUAAGAACACCAACAUUUGGUUUGUUUUCUGACCAAGAAGUUGAAUACUUAAAUAUGUCGAACUAUAUAAAACAAAAUAAUACUUUGAAUGAAAGCGAGCAAAGAGUAUUGUUAUCAAAAAUAGAAAUAUGUGGCUUAACUGGAAUAAAAUACUUAACUGAUGUUAAUAGUCAAUACAUUCAGGUUGAAAAUGACGUUUCACAGUCAAACAUAGGUAAUAAAAGUGACUCGUGUAGUGAGGAAUUUCAAAAGAAAGUAGUUAAAGAUAAGAAUGUGAUUUUACAUAAUUAUGAAAAUUCAAACCAAAAAAGCUAUAUAAAAUUAAAACUGGACAAUUCAUUAAUUCAAGGUCAAGAAUUAAAACAUACAGUCAUAUUGAAACAAAGUUUAAAUAAAAAUAAAUAUUGCAAUAAUAAUAAUUUGUGGAUACAAAAGAAAAAACAACAGUCAUUAGUUAAUAAUAUAAUAUCACACAUUAAACAAAUUAAACAUAAAGUGAAGAAACUAAAUUCAAAAUCAAGUAUAAGAAGGUUGUGUGUUAAACAAAUGUUCAAUGAUAUAUCAACUUCAGAUUUAGAUAAAACGGACCAAAUGCCAAUAACAAUAGAAAACAAUGAAUGUACAAAAGACUACUAUAAUAAAAUAGAACAGGAUUCAAUUAUGUUGGAGCAUAACAUUGAAUCAGAACUGCAAAAUAUGAAUGAUUUAAGUAUGGACAAAGAAAAUUAUAGAAGUAAGGAGAAUACCGUGAUUAGUGUAAAUUCUGUUCCAUUAGUCACUAGUCUAUUAGAUCAUAAUACAAAUACAGUAUAUAAUGUAUCCAAUACAUCUGAUAUGAGUACAUCAGAAUUUAUGAAAUGGUCACACGAUAGUUAUUGUGCAAGUGAUUGUGAAAAAAAUAGCAUAAACGAUAAAAAAGUAACUACAGUUUUCAACAAUCAACAAUGUAAUGAAAAUAUAUACUCUAAAUCCAAAGAAAAUAUAAACGUGGUUAGUAUAUAAAUAACAAUGAAUUAUUAAUACUAACAUUGUAAUUUUGUACAUUUUAAUUUGUAUCUGUUUUAGAGUUUUUCCAAAGAAUUUGACAUAUUAUCAUUGCCAUCAGCAAGUCCAAUAUAUAAUCUGAUGUACACACCUAAUAACAAAACAACAACAGUUUUCAACAAUGCAGAAUUUAACAAAAAUAUGUACUCAAAAUCUAAAGAAAAUAUAAAUAAGGUUAGUAUAAAUGUAACUAUUAUUAUCAUGUAUUAUUAUGGCAUGUAGAGACCUGAUUCUUGAUUGACUAACUGACUGGUCCAUCAACGCACAGCCUAGACUAUAGGGAUUAGAAAUUUGAAAUCCAAAAAGGAUGGCUGAUACAGGGUUUUUUAGUAUUUCUGAAACGAAAAGUUGUUAGUAUUUAAAUUUUACGGGCAAUAACUGUUAACUAGUGAUAGGGAGUUUUAUUUUUAUUUUGUUAAAUACCGAUUACUGGAUUUUGAUUAUAUAUAUAUAUCUUUAUAUGUAAUACAGGUAUAUUUUGGAUAUAUUAAUGCACACUUAAUGCUUUAUGUUAAUAAAAAAACACUAAUAAUUUGACCAAUCUAUUCUAGAGUUUUCCCACGGACUUUGACAUAUCAUUAUCAUCAAUAAGUUCAAUAGAUAAUAAAUCUAUAUUAGAUUUAAUUAAUAAUUCUGAAAAACAAUAA